CGUAAGAAUGGAAAAUCGGGAGCAUGAUGAUCCCUCUCAAUUGAGGGAAUUAGAUUGUAGAAGAAAAAUAAACCCUAGAAAUUUAUCACUUAGAAACAAAAAAUUGUCGAUAAAAAAGCAAGAUGACGAAAGAUUGGCCCAAGAAUCUGAUCGGUCUGCCGGUCAUUCAAAAGCUAUUGAAACAUUUUUGCAUUCAGAGAAUUCUACAAGUACCUCUAGUUGUGGAAUGUUCAGUGACAUUACGUCGCUAGAUAAAGAUGAUAGCUUGGCUGAUUUUCGAUCCCCAGUAAAAGAGACGGACUUGAACGAAUCUUUAGCGGAUUUCAAAGUUUCGUUACGAAACAAGCGAUUAACUCAUAAAGAGAACAAACCUGUUCUUAAGAAAAAGCAGAAAAAAAAUCGAGAUGCUCUGUCAAAUGUAAAUCAACCAUCGAUAGAAUCAUCUUUUUUCAAACCACAAACAAUGGUGAAAACUGGUUUUCCAUGCCCAUUGUGUUUCAAAUCGUUUAAAGAUACAACAACUAAAAAUAGUCAUAUGAAAAGUUGCGCUACUAAGAAUAAAGUAUCAACCAAAACACUUUUGGAUGCCGUCGAAUUGCAGGCAAAACAAGCUAAUGAGAGAAAAGCAUUGGGCCUCCUCGAAGCUCCUCCAAUACAGCCGAAGAAAACCGUAUCGCGUAAAUUGAUCUCAGACAAAGAUCCGCAACUACAAAUAGCUUUGGCUCUCUCAAUGUCACUCCAUGAAGCACAAUUGAUGGAGGAAAUCGAAGAUGCACACUUACUAGUAGGUGAACCCUGUCCUUCAAGUUAUGGAGAGAUGACGGAAGAGCGUAGAAAAACACUGCAGAAUUUUGGAUUCACAACAAACAAGCCUGCAACAGUAUCUACCAGUAACAAAUCCAAAAAAAGAAGACUGGCUGGUCCAACCCUUUUGCAAACCCGUACUAAGCAGGAAAGAGAUCAUAUUUUAUCAGUUCAAAUCGCUGAAGUUUUAAUGGGUGACAAAGCGAUAACACAAGCUAUGGUGGAGGAAGAGGGAGAAGUUACCAAACCAGAAGAGAAUAUCAUUCUCAAAAGUCGCUUGCUUCAAUCUUAUGAACGUGUGACAGACAGAUUAUGGGAUAAAACUCAACAAUGUCUCGGUAGUAAAGGUUCAUAUUUUUGUAAUCAGUUGGAGCUUUUAUUAUGUAAAGUCACAGUUGAGUCUCAAACAAAAUCGGGACAAGAAGAACCACCCAAAGAGGAACCUCUCGACCAAAGUGCGAAAUACCUUCCAGGAACAAUUGAUGAAAAUAUCACAGCUCUUUCAGAAAGUUCCAUCUCUUCUGAAGCUGAAAGUUUAACGGCUGAUGAUAAUCCUGUAACAACAUCAAAGAGUAGAAUAGAUGAAGAGUUCAUUGGUCAUUUGUCCAACGACUGGAGAUUUUUACUGAUUAAUUCCUACAUGAGUGACGUCUCAGUGAUUGUAAAAGGAGAUACAAAAUUACCUGCCCAUCGACUAGUAUUAUUUGUAAGAUGUAGAGAAGUCUUGGAUGAUGCGAUACCUAAUGAUCACAUAAUGGCCAGAAUAUACUGGCCAGAAAUAGAAGUUUCUGUAGCAAGUGCAUUUCUGGAAUAUAUCUAUUGCAGUGUUAUAGUGGAAUACGUGUCAGUGUUUGAUGAUCCUAAUACCCUGUCAGAAGUAAGAGCACUUGCAAGAAAGUAUAAAUUGAAACAAAUAUUUGUUUACUUAAGGGAUAAAUCAAAAGAACUGAAAUCAAAUAAAGUUAAUAUGUUAACUCAACAACCACAUUUAAAGAUGAAUUCUGAGCCAGACCUUACUGACAUGCCUGAUAGUAAUUCUAGUUGUUCUGGAAAAGAAGAAGUGAGUAUUUCUUCCAACCCACCAGACAGUGUGUGGAAUAAUCUGGAGAAAAAUAAGCAAGACAUUGAGUACGAUAAAUCUGAUUGUAAUAAUGUUCAGGAUGCGCAUUUGGAAUUGAAGAUACAACAAAAACGAGAAAUGUAUUCCCAUGUAUCAUUUAACAAAGACUCUUUCGGGGCACAAUUUUUAUCAACUUCAGCAAAUACCAGAACUGCGUGUGAGAAUUUAUCAACCAUACCGACAAGCCAAAAGAACUCCAAAAGUAUUGAAACUGUCAACUUCAAUACCACAAAUGAAAAAAGUUUCGAGAGAAUUACUUCAGCAUUCAGCAAGACCAAUUGUGAUGUUCUACCUUGGACUGAAAGCUUGAAACUUCUUGACAAAAAUUUUGAAGUAGAUCGCAGCAUAUCCCCUGACAUUUUUGAUGAUAGUGUAAUUGAAAAUCCCUCACAUACUAUUAUGGCAUUGGAGCAACAAGGAUGUAAUUUGAAACAUACUACAAAUGGUAGUGAUUCAGACAUUGAAGUUAUAUCUCCCUCCACCAAAACUUUGGAAACUAAAAAUUCUAAUUAUGAUAUAUUAACAGCUAAUAAAACAGCAGAUCUGACUCACCGGAGAAAGUGUGGAAAACCUGAAGUGAACUUUGAAUUCGUAUCUACUCGUAAGCGAAAAAGUUACAGACACCCUCUUUCUAUAAAUGAUGCUGAUCCGUAUGUGGAAGUUGAUGAUAUGAAUUUUGACAAAAAUAAGUCCAACAUGUUUAUAAAAAAAAAGGGCGAUAUUACAAUAGCAAUUGAACGAAUCCAAAAGGUAAACUCUAAAGGCAUUUCUGAAUCGGAUUCUGAAUGCGAAUCAGUUGCCAUGUAUCCUAGCAAAAAGCGUAAAAAUCCGUUUCGUAUUAAAAGGUCCGAUGUUUCGCCUAAAAUUGAAAAAAAUUUGCAAGAUACUACACAACUUGACUUAGAUUAUAAAGUUCCAUCAAAGAAAAGAACAGCUCUGAGCAUUUUUGAAGCGAAGAUAGAGUCAGAAGCUAUUAAGAAUCCUGCGAUAUUUAAUUUACCUACCCAUAAAAUUAUAUCAGACGUAUGCUUAAAAAAUAUGGGAUCAUCUCACAUCUCAAAACCUGAAGUCAGCUGUGAUGAAUUAACAGACUCGAAAGUCCAUGAAGAAGAUAAUGAUGAAGAUACUGAGAAUGAAAUAGAACCAUCCCAAAAACGAGUCGCUAAACUGGAUGACACUGUUAAUGCCAUUUUUGAUCUAACGCAGGAAUCUUCCAGAGAAAGUAAACUUAACAGUGAUGAAGAAACCAAUAACACUGAUACCGAAGACAAGGAUUUAUCCAUGUUCACAAAAUAUAAGAGAAAACACAGCCACAACAGUAUAGAUAAAUAUCGGUGUGCCCUUAAAAAUAAUAACUCGCGGAUCUCCAUAUCGAGUUCUAAAGUUACAAAUGAACGCUUAUCAUCUGAAGAUUAUCAGAGCUCUGGUGAUGAACUAUGGAACACACAUGAUGCAGCGAAUUGUAAUAGUUACUCGUCAAAGUAUGAGUACACAGACCCAAAUCAGAGCACAUCUAAUAUACAGAGGGAAUUAUCAGGCAGAUUGCCAAUGGGUAGAAAAAAUGUUGAAAAAUCACCAGAAAUUUUGAGUUCUACUGACUCGGAUACUGGGGAACAGAACGUUUUGAAAUUUGAUGAUGCUGAACCCUCAGAUUUGGAAAUAGAUCUAUCUGAUUUAUCUAGCACUAAAUCUUUGAACAUCUCAACGAAAAGUAGAAAAAAUGGUAAAUAUUACAGAAUGUCUUUAUCAAAAACCAAAUCGAAUAAUGAAAUGUCGGAUGAUGAACGAAUGGACAAGAAUACGGUCAAAGAAAUUCAGAGUUUCAUUGACUUAAAACUGGAGGAUACAAUCUUAGAAAAUGAUGAUGGCAAAACCAAAAAACGUAACAUAUCCGAUGAAGACACUGAUGCCGAGUGUUGGAUUGAGUCUGUACUUCCUAGACAGGCUGAAAAAGUUGAAUCGUCCGAAUUAGGUAAACCAAAAAAAUCUGAUAUUUACAGUGAAGAGACUGACCCAGGGGAUAUGGAAGAGAAGAAUGAUGACGAAAUUGAAAAAAUACCGGAUUUACAACAUCUUGACGAAAAUAGCUUUGACAUAUCUUCUCCUGACUGUGAAAUUUCUGGAGUAAUAUCAUCCGCUUCAAUGGACCUUAAUCUCGUUAAUAUAGUUAGCAAUAACGUUGACAGUUUACUUGAAAAAUGCAGCAGGAGUAAUCAUACUUCACCCAAAUCGCCUGUGAAUUUAGCCACACCAUCUAGAGCAGAUCCUUCAGAUUCAUUUAUAUCGACUCCUAUUUCUCGAACAUAUAGAACUGUAUUCGAUGAUGUUUUCUCACAUGACAGAAUAAGCGACGCAGAUUUCAAUGAAGCAGAAUUUUCUGUUAAACAGAAUUCUUCGAAAAUCAACGCAGUAAAUACCAAAAAGAGAGGAGAUGCAAGCAAUCAGAGCACAGUAAGAAAAUAUCAUAUCUUGGACAGUGAUUUGAGUGACAAUGAAAAUUCUAACAUCCAUAAAAUGAGUAAAACUCCAUCUAAUUUUUCGAUGAAAAGAUCAAAAGUCAGGACUUCCAAACAUUCAACAAGCCACUCAAGGAGUGGAAGCAUAUCACCAAUAAAUAUUCCAAAACGUUCUCUCGUUAGUUUGCAAAAGAGAUCAAUAUCGGAAAAUAUUAUCAAAACAAAGGAAUCAAAUUCGUCUAAUUUAAUGAAUGAUUCAUUUGACUGUGAAUUGGCAAAGGUGAGGACGCCACCAGUGCAACAUCAGGAUAUCAGCAAAGGUGAAAAUGAAACGACACUAGUACAAGAAGUACCUACCGAAAAUGUCACACCACUGGCUAAUUAUAGUGCAAUGAAGACACCCGAACUGAGGAAAGAGUUGAACAAAUACGGAUUGAAGGCACAAAAACGUCACAGAGCUAAACAACUUCUCAGGUACAUUUAUAACGAAUUACACCCAUUGGUGCCUGUGGCUGAUGACAAUGUGACUUCAUAUUCUAACUUAUACAGUAGCAAUAAUGAAUGCCCCGCUCCUAAAAGACUGAACAGGAGUAACAGUAUUGAAGAUCUGAAUGGCAAAAACACUGCUAAUGUUGAGUCCGACUCUGAAGCAUUGGUUUUUGAUGCCAGAACUGUAGGGGAAGCCUCCGACGACUACGAAGGAGCAGACUAUAAUGAUUCUUACACUCUCAGCCAGUCUGAUAACUCGGACAGUUUGGAGGGUUUUUUCCGGAAAUUAAUACAGGUGGAUAAAGUACUACACAACAAAAUUUUGGCCUAUGAACCAUUAAUAUUAGAGGAUCUGCAUGCAACAUUAAAAGCUCAAGGGUUAAAAUGCAAUCUCAAUGCUUUGAUGGAUUUGUUAGAUGAGCAGUGCAUCACAUUCCGCACAUUGGCCAAUUCAAAGAAGAGUAGAACUAAACGGAAAAUCAGCCCAAAAAAAAACUGAUGUAUCUAAUGAGUCAAAAAGAACUCAAGAACUUACCAAAAGGUCGUUGAAAGUAAGAAUAUUUUAAAUACAAGUUAACCAAUUGUUAUUAGAUACAUAUUCCUACAUGUAUAUGCAUAGUUAUGAUGCACGGAAAUGACAUGUUAUAUACUUGAAUUUAUUUUUCUGUACUGACGACAUGGUAAAUCGGAAAAAGAGCUUGAUCGUUUCCUUAUAUCUGGCUACUCUUGUCAGCAUUCGACUCAAAUUAAGCGUCAAAUUUUUGUUUUUGAUUAUAAUAUCCUGAAAGUAUAUCAGAAAAAUUAUUUCUCGCUGUAAAACAUUUAUGUCAAAUCUCAUUUAUUGGGACUGAAGAAUAAUAUAAUGCAACAAUAUAGGUAAUUAGGUCAUGUUGAUAUCUAGAACGACAGCACAUUAAAUGUCUAUUAUGUCUGACAAGUUAUAUUUCUUGAUAUCGUUAUUAUCUUGCCCUGGAGUCUGAUCAUAAUUAUCACUGCAUGGCAACUGACCCAGUUGCUGAAUUUAAUGAGAUACAUUUAUCGAAUGAAGAAUAUAUUAUCUACGAAAUAAAGUCUUAAUUGUCAUUACUGCAAUGUUUGAGAAUUUCCGUUUUAUGUAUCGGUUAUACCGGCUGUGAUAGGUACAAUACACAGGUAUCAAUUAGCAAGACAUAGGGAUAAGAAUAUGAUUAUCGUUGCAUCAUAAAUUAAUAAUUCACUGCUAAGAUUAAUUUGUUUAUUGUAGAAAGUAGAACAUUCGGUUUAACCUAAAUCCAACAAACGUUAAUCAUUAUGAAAAUCACAAGACCCUUUUGGACAAAUCGUUCCAGUCAACUACAAUUAAUUGUAAUAAAUCACUAGUUAUUAUAUUGUGAUACAAAUACGGAAAAAUAAGAAACAAUAUAUUUUCUUUUAUUAACACAGAAUAUGGAGGUAUAAUAAAAAAUCUUGCCCUUCUAUCACUGGAAUAUAAAAAACGAACAUUUAAUGAAAUAUUAACGUAUAUGUUUUUUUAAUUUAUUCAUUUCAAUAUGACUGAUAAGUGAAUACUUUUUUAUUUUUCGUGAUGAACUAGAAAUUCGAUUGUCUUCAACAAAAAUUUCCAAAAACAAUAGAACUAGAAGUUAUUUCAAUUCAAUUAUUGUCUGUAACUAGCAAUAUUUUGAGAAAAUAUGAA